AUGUAUGCAGAUGUUGUUACCGGCGUCUUAACCUCCGAGCCCAGUUUUGAGCCAUCAGUCAAAGCCACAGUAAUUCGUGGAGGUGACUGGAUUUCUACAGACCCGCCAAAUCCGAAUUCCAAUGCUACUGUGCUGAGACUCCAUGUCGACGUGCUUGUCAAAGUUGAUGGAAAUUCAGAAGAAGAUGCGUAUAUCCGGAUGCGAUGUACAGGCGCAGAGAUUGCAACACCAGAAGUCGCUGCUAUUGUAAGCGGCAACCGAAAUGCCUCGUCCGUCAAGUUUGGCGACUUUCAGGCAACGUCAUCUUGGACGUUUGAAACCGCGAGUAAGAAGUACUGGGAGUUACAGAAUGCAGUCUUCGUGGGCAGCACUAGUCUACGUGUUGGAGAAGAUGAAGGUACAUUCGUUGUAGGCUUCAAGAUUGCCAAAGUGUUGAGUGCCGAGACUGAUGUCAGUAUAUGA